UCUCUCUCUCUCUGACAUCAUGCUUCGAACACACACUCCACGGGCAGCGAGCGGAGCAGAUGAACACACCACACACGGUCCACACGUGGCGCAGAGCCGUCAGUGAGACACGAACCAGACUCUUACUAUACGUUAGGACUUCAGAGGAGAUAAAGGGAUUAGUUUUGUCUCUUUUGGGGAAAAAAAAGAAAAGGAACAGCACAUAGCAGUUUCAUCAGACGGAUAACGUGCCGAUGAUAGAGAGAUGAUGGAGAGAUGACGGGAAUCUCCCAGCCUCCUAAAGCACGCGCAGGAUUUUAACCUGAACGAGACGCAGAGCAACCAGACAUCUGCAGAAACUCCACUUGUUUUACUCUGUGUGUGUGUGUGUGUGUGUGUGUGUGUGUGUGUGUGUGUGUGUGUGUGUGUGUGUGUGUGUGUGUCUACAUGUUCCCACAUGGCGUGCUAUUACAUCGUGAUCAGCUCCACACACCUCAGCAAUGGACACUUCCGCAACAUCAAAGGAGUUUUCAGAGGACCGCUGUGCAGAAACGGCAACUUGGAUUAUGCGGAAAAGGAGAAAAGCUUAGCUAAAGCUCUGGAGGAUCUGAAGGCUAAUUUCUACUGCCAGCUGUGUGAUAAACAAUACUACAAACAUCAGGAGUUUGACAAUCACAUUAACUCAUAUGACCAUGCACACAAACAGAGGCUGAAGGAGCUAAAACAGAGGGAAUUUGCCCGCAACGUGGCCUCCAAAUUAAGGAAGGAUGAACAAAAGCAGGAACGAGCGCUUCAGCGGCUACACAAAUUGGCUGAACAGAGGAGAGAGGUUAAAUGUGCUCCAGGAAGUGGCCCGAUGUUUAAAUCCACCACCGUGGCAGUGGAAAGCUUCAAUAAGUCUUGCUUCAUGGAUAAAGAGGAAAACCAAGACAUUGCAGAACAGGAGACAGAAUCUCAAAUCCCAUGGCCAUAUCGAGGAAAAGCAAAGAAACAAACUCUCCGACGCAAGAUUGCCUUCUCCCUUUCCUUUCCAAAGAGAGCCUCACUGAAGCUAGAGUCUUCUGCUGCAGUCUUUUCUGAGAGUAUAGAAGAGAAGAAGAUGAUUAAAUAUGAUACAGAGAUGAUGACACAUCAAAAGAGUUCCACCAAAAGUUCCCUGAAUGAUGCAAUGCCUGCCUCAGAUCUGUGUGCUUUCCUCGUUUACUCAGAGAACAGAUCAGUGUCUCCAAUUAGCCACUUUUCAGCUGUUCCUGGAAGCUCAAAUAUUAGUCUGGACUCAGUGGAAAGCAAUAUUACUGAAAGUAAAGAAAACAGUAGUCAGGAAGAGAGCACCAUAAGUGAUAGGUCACAACCAACAUCAUGUGAUAUCAAUUUAUUUCAAAGGCAAGAAAAAGACAAUGUUGUUCUCAGAAGACCAAGCCAACCCUUUCUCUCUGUUGUGGCUCGAGAUAGUAGAACUAUCUUCCAAUGGCCUUCAGAAAUGGUGUAUUUCACAAAAACAGAGCCCUCCAUCUCAUUUAGCUGCAAUCCUCUCUAUUUUGACUUUAAAUGUUCAGGACAGUACAGGAAGUCUCCUGAAGUCUUUUACAACAAAAAUGGACAAGAACUGUCUUUCAUUUCUGAAAAAAGCCACAAAAUGUCCUCUUCCUGUGAGAUCACCACAGAGGAUGUUACAUGUAGAUUGGAAAAAAAUAUCCGAAAGUGCCAUCUGUAUUCCAGCGAUGCCCAGGGCAAAUACAAACAUUUGAAAAAUUCAGCUCAGGGCAGUAAAAGAGCAGAGGAAAAGUUGCAAGGCAGAGAUCGACGCCAUUACAGGAGUCAACACAAAAAGAGACACAAGAGAAGAAGUAGGUGGGAGGCGGAGGAUUACAGUGAGCCAGAGCAGAGUGCAAGCAUGAAAAAAUGGACUAAACUCCACAAACGAGAAGGAUUUGAAAGCCAAUUUAGAGGCUGUGCUGCACAGCAAGAGCGGCCAUUAGAGAAGUCAAAGCAAUCAGCUCAGAAUCAGGCAGAGAAUAACAGCAUUGUUUCCUCAGCAGGAGGCUCUGUUGAAGCUGAAAAGGUACUUGAUAUCAGUGGGGGCACAGUAGACGUUCUUGCAUUAGGGCAGACAACGAACACACAAAAUGACUCGCACAAGCUCAGUGUGAUUCCUUCUGAUCAUGAAACAACAGUUUCAGAUCACAGCAGCCCAACUUUACCAAAGAAACGACAAAGUGAGUCCCAGAGUAAAGAGGAUAAUGUUUGGUCAGAUCAUACACAGUGUGGUGUGAUUGAGGAUCUAGACAGAAAAGAAGAUGUUUUGUGGCUAAAUCAAAGACAAAAAAGACAAAAAUUGGACCAAAGUCCAAUAUCUGAAAAUCCUCUUUUUGUUUUAAAUAGAUCUGAUGGAAUGGUGGACAUGGAAUCAACAUGGAACAUUAUCAGUUUAAAAGAUCCAGGCACAUGUGCUCCUGAAGGAGACAAUGCAGAAAAUAAAACAUCCAUUGAUAAAAACCCCAUUUCCAACUCUGAGAUACAUUCUCAGUCUCUACCUGAGUCAAAUCUACAGCCUAAAGUCAUAAAUCAUCUUCGUACAGUCCAAGAUGGUGACUCAGCAAAAGAACAAGAAUCUGAAAAUGAGUGUAUGAAGUGUGCCAUCACAUCCCAGGUCAAAGAAAAAGAGAAAGUCAGCCAUGAUAAAUCCUGCCAGCACACUCCACCGUUGCCAGGCUUUCACAUUCUGGAUGAGGAAAGACACAACUGUGCAAUCCAGAGUCCAUUCAACCCAAUGCUGUGCUUUACGUCUCAACUUAGUGGUGUGGAGAAGCAUGGCCUUCUUUCCAGCCACACCCACAAACAGGUUCUGCAUAAAAAGAUUUCAGACCUUUAUUGAGAUGAAGCCAACCCUGUGAGGAUCCUGAGACAUAUAGAGAUGUACCAGCUCCAGUUGGACUCUGCUCCAGUUUUCGGACAUUCAAAGAGGAGAUGCCAACUACAUGUGGUCUUCGAGGACAACAACCUCCUCAUCAAUACACAAUUGUCAGACUGUAUAUUUAUAAUCACAUCCUCCAGUGUCACCCAAAUAAGAAUGGGUUCCCUUUUGAGUUUUGUUCCUCUAAAGGUUUCUUCCUUUUCCAUCUAAGUUAGUUUUUCCUUGCCACAGUCACCUCAGUCACCUCAGGGUUGCUCAUUGGGGAUAAAUACAAAGACAUUUAAAUAUAUCUAAUAUUAAUCUUGAAUUUUUGUAUUACAUAAAUCUUUGUAUAAUUAACUUUUUUACUAUGUUUUCAGCUGCUUUGAGACAAAGCCCUUUGUUAAAAGCACUAUAGAAAUAAAUUUGAAUGGAACUGAAUUGAAUUAUCAAAGUGAAUAAUAAAGUCUCCAGCAAUUAAUGCUUUGUUAAAGGAAUUGACUUAGUAGACUUAUUUUUGUGGAUACAUAUUUUAUGUUACUAUGAAGAACUUUGAAUGAGUUAUAUAUAUUUCUAGAUAUUUGUGAGGUCUCUCAGUUACUGUGGCACGAGAACAUUAAGUACUUUAUGGGUUAAUAAUAUUAUUUUAUAAUCAAUGCAAAAAUUGACUGGGAGGAUAAUAUAGGGGUAAUAUGUUCAUAUCUUCUGGUUCUAGUUAGGACUCUAGCUGCUGUGUUCUGGACUAACUGGAGCUUGUUUAUGCUCCUACUGGAACAUCCAGACAGUAAAACAUUACAAUAAUCCUAAAAACCUAGAGGUAACAAAUGCAUGAACUAGUGUUUCUGCAUCAUGUAAUGACAUCAUAUUUCUUAUCUUAGCAAUAUUUCUGAGAUGAAAGAAGUGUGUCAGAGUUAAGCAGGAGGAGGUUAGUAAGCAUCCGCUGUCUAAUGUCCUUCACACAAUCUUCAAUCUUAUUAAGCUGGUGAAGCACAUCUGACUUAGCGAAAAAAAAAUAUAGCCGCGUGUCAUCAGCAUAACAGUGAAAGUCAAUUCCAUGUUUACAAAUCAUGCCAAUGGGUAGCGUAUAUAGGGAAAAGCAAUGGGCCUAAAUCAGAACCUUGAGAACAUUGAAAAUUACCAUAGUAUGUUUAGAGAAUUCACGAUUUAGAUCUCCAAACUGAUAGUGAUCAGUCAAAUAAGACCUCAGUGGAAAUAAAAGUCAGAGAGGAAGAAGAGAGGAAAAGAUUGUGGUAAGGCAUGUCAUUGGCAGUUAAUCUUGAACUUGGGUACAGACUAUCCUAAUAUUUGGGUAAGACUUUACCCAUGAUGGAUUCAGAUUCCUUAGCUGACUGGAGUGGAAUUCUAGUGUGGUCUUCUGCUGUUUUAGCACACCCACCUUAGUGUUUGAUUUGCUGUGCAUUCUAAGAUCGUAUACUGCCCACCAUAGUUGUAAAGAAUGAUAAUUUUAAUUACUAUAUCCUUCCUGGCAGCUCAGACCAGUCUGUUCACCUCCUCUAAUCUCUGUCACGUAGACAUUUUAGCUUACAGCUGCUCACAGAAUGUUUUUUGUUUUACACUAUUCUGUGUAAAUUGUUAUUUGUGAAAUUCCCAGGAGAUCACCAGUUUCUAAAUUAAACAAGUUCAACUGGAACCAAACAGCCAUUGCAUAGUUAAUUUACAAAGAUCACACCCUUGUAGCACUUUCAUUCUUAUGUUUGAUGUGAACAUUAACUGAAGCUCUAGACCUGCAUCUGCAUGUUUUUUUUAUGUAUGGUGCUGCUGCCACAUGACUGGAUAAUUAGACAAUUCUAUAAAUGAGCUAUUAAGUGACCAAUGAGUGUAAUAAACUGUAAUAUUUAUUAUACAUAUAAUUAAAUUAGAGACAUUUCCUAAUAUCUUAAUCAUUUAAUGGGCUGGAUUUGCAAUUUGGAGUAUUAACAGAUAAACCUCAAAUAAGUAAAGAAUUAAAACACAAGGCAUUACCUUGAUUCACUACUGAGAAAACUCACAAAAACUUUCCAGAUAUUUGAUUUGGAGGAUAGCAAUAUCUGCUUCUGUCUAAUUUAGACUUUUAUGAUGUAAUCACUUUUCUUUAAUAAUGUUUAAAGAUCCUACCUGUCUUUUAUCCCAACUGCACUGAAAGAGUUAAUUCAUAGACACAAUGUAAUUAUGUUUUUUUCUGAAUAUGUAAAUUAACAAUGUUUAUAAAUCAUGUAACAUUUA